AUGUCGAUUUGGCCAAAUACCACAAUCAUAUCCCUGACAUUCCUGCUAACAGGCAUCCCUGGCUUGGAAGCUGCCUAUACCUGGGUUUCUAUUGCCUUUUGCUUCCUCUAUGCCAUUGCCAUCUCUGGGAAUAGCAUCAUCCUAUUCAUCAUCAUCACCAAUCAAAACCUUCAUGAGCCCAUGUACUAUUUGCUUUCCCUGCUAUCAGCCACUGACAUGUGCCUGUCUCUCUCCACUCUGCCCACUACUCUAGGUGUCUUCUGUCUUAAUAGUAAAGGAAUUGGUUGGAAUGCUUGCAUUAGUCAAAUGUUCUUCAUUCAUUUCCUUACUGUUAUGGAGUCCUCGGUGCUCUUGGCCAUGGCUUUUGACCGCUACAUUGCUAUCUGUAACCCACUGAGGUAUGCCACCAUCCUCACUCCAACCAGGAUUAUCCAGAUAGGGCUGAUGAUAGUGGGAAGAGGGGUUGUGAUCAUGAUUCCCCUCCUCCUGCUUCUUAAGCGUCUGUCAUUUUGUAGGGAUAAUAUUCUUUCUCACUCCUACUGCUACCACCCUGAUGUGAUCAAAUGUUCCUGCUCCAAUAUCACGAUCAACAGCAUCUAUGGGCUUUUUGCACUCCUUUCUACAUCCGGUUUGGAUGCUCCUUUGAUUGGCUUCUCCUAUGUGCUGAUCAUUCAUUCUGUGCUCAGAAUUGCAUCCAUAGAAGAGCGGUACAAGGCUUUUAGCACCUGCAUUUCCCAUAUUGGUGCUGUGGCUAUAUUCUACAUCCCCCUCAUUGGACUGUCUGCUGUUCAUAGGUGGGGAAGGAAGGCACCCCAAUUUGUUCACACCAUGAUGUCCAAUGCCUUCCUACUUCUGCCCCCUGUACUAAACCCAGUCAUCUACAGUGUGAAAACCAAGCAGAUCCGUAGAGCCAUCAUCAAACUUUUUCUGAAGAAAGGCUACUGA